CCCUCCAACAUUGCCUAUAUUACAAAAAUACCCCUCUCUCUCUUUUUGUUUAAUUUUUUUUAAUUCAUUCGCCCCACUUUUCCGGAACAAAAAGCUAAAAGAGCAUCGCAUUCCCUGCCUCCGAGUUUACCAAAGUAUCCUCAUCCUCCCCACCAAUUCACCAAAAUGCCAUCGUCUCCUCCGCAGUAUAUUAUCACAUCCCCGUAGGCUUCCCUGUUCUGCAAGAAGAGCCAACUCCGCACUUCGAGAGAUAGAGAGAGAGAGAGAGAAUGGGAGCGAUGAAGAAGUGGGUGUCUCUGAAGAAACGGAGGGCGGGCAAGGUGGCGGAGGAGGAGGAGGAGGAGCUGACGUGGCGGAGGCUGACGUGGAGGCCGUGGAGGCGGCUGUCUUCGUCGGCGAUGAAGUGGAAGAGGCUGGAUUUCAUACAGAAGGGAAUAAUGGACAACGUUGUGUUCAGAGUCAUGUACGUCGUCGAAGCUCUUGUUCUUGUCUCCACUCUCUGUUUCUUCUACCUCUGCUGCGGAUGCCACAUCUGACUCACCUUUACACUUACAAUACACACACACACACACACACUGUAUAACCCUACACACUCCCACUUUUUUAUUUUUGGUCCUUUUUUCAUCCUUUUAUUAUCAUUAUAUUCCAUUAAUUUGAUUUUUUCUUCCUAUAAUCUUUUUUCGUCCUUUGUUUUAUAUAUUUUGGAGUUGUUUGGUUUCUGGGUAUUAGCUUAGUUAAUAGUUGUUCAACGCUUCAUCUCCAUGUACCUCGUAUCUUUCUGUUCUUCCCUUUGUUUAAGAUGUUGAAUCUUGUUUCUGCAA